AUGUUGCGACUUCCCUCGUUAACCCUGCUUCAGACGUUUAUGCUUCUGGUUGCUGUCUCUUUCGGCAAGUUUUCCGACUUCCGCAUCAGAUUGUCAUAUUUUGAACAAGCUGGAUGGGGUGUUGUCAUUGUCUCUAGAGAAAUAACUGAAGUAUAUUACUUUCAUAGUAAUGUCAGCAAACAUCUCAAUACUCCAGCAUUCUUCAUCGCCAACACUAACAAGCAAUUUAAUCAUCCUUGCUUUUUUAGCCUACAGAGACGAAACACCAACAUAUGAGCUCUGUAAAGAGCAAAAUAGACAUUGCAGACUUGUGCGCUACAGAGCUGAAGAUGAAACCAAGGGCGCAGGCUGUCGUGCCGCGUGUGGAAAACAACGAGGUCCGUCCUAGCCAAACGUAUUUACUCCUACUAUAUGUCAAUUUGGCCUGAUUUAUAUUAGUUCUCUUAAAUACUCCUACUCAUCCUUACCGGCGUUACAAAUUACAAAAUCUAAUCCUGACUUCAGGAGACCUAGACGAGAAAAUGACGGUGUACUUCUGCGAAGAAUACAACAAGCCUUGCAAACCGUACGAAGUGUACGGAAGAAGCGGAUACGCGAAGAACUUUGAGAGACACGCCAUGUGUGUUAGUCUGUGUCACUUUGUCGCACUAGGUAAAAUACCCUCAUGCCUUACAGUGUUUCGUUUUAUUUUCUCUGCUAGCAUUCCACGCCUUUUUAAAUGCCACGGAGGCGCUUCUACAAAGGCUCCUUUUAGUCUAAAAAAUUUUGUAUUCAUGACUCAUGUGCAAAUUAUUUUCGAUUUUUAGUUGAACAUAGCGCGGAAGACAAUUUCGAAAUGUGCUCGGAAACGAUGGAUCCAUGCCUUGAAAUAAGGCGUAUAAAUGGCACUUUUAAUGCCUUCAAUAAGUGCGCUUUUAAAUGCGAUGGGUGGCCAAAACGUGAGCUGUUAUUUUUUAACUGACAUAUUCAGUAGCAAGUCACAUAUAGCGUUUUGUCGAUGUUACAUGUUGGUUUUUUUCUUAAAGUGGAAAACAGCUUGGAGGACACAGCAAUCUUCUGUCCCAACGAAGGCAUUUGUGAAGAUGCCAAAUUCUUCAGCAAUUCAAAUGCUGGAAAUGCAUUCGCUGACCUAAAGAAAUGCUUCACAGACUGCAUGGCAGGUAAUUUACUCGGACGAUAGCAAAUAUUACUUGGAGUUUUAGGGAGAGGAAACACAGCAUUAUGUCCUUGAGUUAUUGGUCUCCUCAAUCAGUUGGCUGUACACACUAUAGUUAACCUACAACUGGUUACUCAUACCGUUUUAAUUUGGAGUUGACAGGAGCUUAGAAUGUGUGUCAUCAACGCUAUUUGUUGAAUGUCUCUAAAUGAUUUCUCUCAUGGAGUUUAUAGACGUAAAUGCUGUCGUACAGUCAAAAAUUAACUACUACAAAAUAUUUUUCUCUUCACUAUAGAAUGA